UUUUAAAUAACAUAAUGGAACGCUACAAUCGCGUCUAUAGAGAUCCCGCAUCCCCACUGGCGCCUUUAACUCCCCUUACCACCGAAGCUUUUACAUUUGACCACGUCACGCCCACCAACUGCGGCGGCGGUAGGAAGGGUCAGGCCAAAUGUGGACUGUUCGGGAUCCCGAAGGCCAAUAAUCUUACGGUCCCAUCAUGUCGACCAUCCUCAGCCUCGCAACGCUCAUCAGAGGCUAGUUUGCCGCCUCGGCGUUAUUCCCAAAAAUUCAUGCGCACACGAUCUGUGUUUUCGCCAACUAGUCAAAGUACCCUGCUAAAUGGAGGAACCACUCUAUCGAGCGCGACUAGGCCGAAACCGGAUAUCCGACUGCAGCAGGAAACGCGGCUGAAGCUGGAGGCAUCCAAGUUGAAAAGGGAGAGCUCCAAGAUUAAAAUGGAAGACUCCAGGAGUCCCACACCGAGUAUCAUUCACCCACGCUAUAGACCCAGCUCCCCGGUGGAGCACCCCACAUUGAGUCCCCGUGUUAAGUCCCUACUCAAUGGCACUGGGAAUGAUCAUCUUACUGAGCUUUUCACCCGCCAGGAGAUUGACAUCGAGGUGCUGAUCCAAAUGACCCUGGAGGAUUUGGUGGCGCUGGGCGUCCGUGGCGCUCGGGAGAUAAGAUUGGCCAUGAACAUCAUCCAAAUGGCCAAGCAAUUAUUUUGAUUUGUGUAUCUCCCCUGAAGUUACUAUAAUUUUUUAAUGUUUGAUGUCAUGUGAAAUUUUUUAAUAUGU